AUGGUAAUUAAAUCGAACCGAAACUUCCACUUGAGCAGAAAAAAAAAACAAGUGAAGGCAACAAGUCUUGACAGUGCUGUUGGGAUCGUCACACUCGGUUCCCGGGUAAGACAACAAUGUACGCUGAGUACCAAAAGGAAGCCGUAUGAAAGAUGUUUGCCUCCGUUCAAAGAGCGAGUGGAGGAAGGUUCCUUUUCCCUCGACACGGAGUGGCGAUUCCACCACGACAAGAGUCAAAUGAGAUACAUUGUGGAACCUGACGAGACACCAAAUUUUGACCUGAGGAACGGCUACAGUGACCGCGACAAAAAGGUAGAUGAGAACGUCAGAAAAACUCUGGAACACAUCCUGCAAUGGAUCUUGGUCAACAAGUCGAAACUCAUGCAGAGGACGGCUGCAUCAGCUUUAGCUGACUUUGACUUCGUAACAUCGCGAGGCCGUUUGACCAAAGUUUUAUGCACACCUUAUGAAGGUCAAAUGGAGUGGUCGCUAGCCAUCACCAAGUUCCAAGGAGUAUUUUACAUCAACGAAGUGGAAACUGCGAGCGCAUGCCUGGCCCGACAGAACUACACCGAGAGUCACAGGGAGAAUAUGUACUGGGGGUACAAGUUUGAGCAGUACAUGCGCGCAGACAAAGUUGACGGCGUACCUGAUUCGACUGGCGUGGUCAACUUCAAUGAGGCCUUCUACAGCGUGGUCCGAACUCGUCUUUCGGACCACAGGCUGCUGUACUCCGGCGAGGUGGACUGCCGGGACAAAGAUCCGAACGCUCCGGCUCCUCCUGCCUGCUAUGUGGAGCUCAAGACAACAAGAGAGAUAUCCGCAGACAGACAGAGCAAGUUCCACAGGUUCACGUUGCUCAAGUGGUGGGCACAGUCCUUCCUCCUCGGAGUACCUCGCAUCGUGGUCGGCGUCAGGAAUGACGACGGGGUUGUCGUGUCCGUGCGGACUUAUCGAACUGCCGAAAUUCCACAGCUGGUUCAGGGUGAGUACUUGGGUUGGAAGCCAGAAGUCUGCAUGAACUUCUGCAGCGACUUCCUGUCUUUUGUCAAGCGUGUGGUGAUCGAAGACGAUCCUCAUGUGGUGUAUCUGUUCUCCCGGAAAGCACUCAGUGACGUGACCUUCACUGUACACAGGAACUCCUCUUAUUCCUUCCUGCCUGACUGGUAUGUGACGAAAAUGAGCUAAAGGGAGUCACACCACCUUCAUUUCAUACUAAUCGAAAUGAUGCAUGCAAAAUAACAAAGUUGAACCGCCAUCAAAUUUGCGAUGGUUUGUGGCUUACAAGUCGAAGCAAUUUUUUCCAUAUGAAAAUCAUGUUAAGUGAAUGAAUUCUAGAAUGUUACUGCCGCAAUCUUAAAACCCUUAACAGUACAAAUGUUUUUUCCUGUCGUGUCAUUAGAAAACGAGUUAACCGCUGUAGUAUAAAGCAAACGUCGAGUCAAACUACUCACCUGACAGAAACGUAAUGGAGAGAGAAUAGGAUGGUGUGAUGGAUUUUCAAUUUGAACUGAUGAUGAAUUAUGAAACUAAGUGUGUCUGUCAGCAGUUCCCAUUUAGGUGACAUCGCUUU